AUGGCCGAGGUCACUUCCUCGCAGCUGCCUGAGGGCAUCUUCUCGCUGCUCGAUACCGAUCUCUACAAACUUACUAUGCAAUGUUGCGUACUCAAAUUCUUUCCGGAUGUGGCAGUAUCAUAUAGUUUCACCAAUCGCACACCAGACAAGAAACUCAAUCGCGCCGCUUUCCGCUGGCUGCAAGCUCAGGUUGACAAACUUGAAAACAUCUCUCUCUCCGAUCAGGAACACAAGUUCCUAAAGUCUAAAUGCCACUACCUCAACGGCCAAUACCUCCGAUUUCUCUCGCAGUUCCGCUUGCACCCGUCGAAGCAAUUGAAGCUGGUCUUCAACCCCAUCAACGAUACCGGCUCCGACGAUGACCUCGGCGAUUUCAGCAUACAAACCGAAGGCUUAUGGGUGGAAACAAUCCUAUACGAGAUACCCCUGCUCGCCUUGGUGAGCGAGGCAUACUUCAAGUUCGUCGAUAAGGACUGGAGCUACGCGGGUCAGCUUGAGAAGGCAUAUGAAAAGGGAUCAAAACUGCUACAGGAGGGUUGCAUCUUUUCCGAAUUUGGCACCCGGCGACGACGCGAUUACCACACUCAGGAUCUGGUGCUCCAGGGAUUGCGUCGCGCAGAAGCCGAUGGCACUCAGAAGGGGUGGCAAGGCAAGCUCACUGGCACCAGCAACGUUCACUUCGCGAUGAAGCACGGGUUGCUGCCAGUAGGAACAGUUGCGCAUGAAUGGUUUAUGGGUGUUGCAGCCAUCACCAACAACUACGAGCAUGCCAACAGGAUUGCUCUGGAAUAUUGGACGUCGACGUUUGGUGAGGGCGUUUUGAGCAUCGCACUCACAGAUACAUUCGGCACUCCGGCAUUCCUCAAGGCCUUCAAGGAGCCGAUUCCAGAGAUCACAACAGCUGCGCCGGGAGGCGCGACCACACUCGCAUCCGCGGCAUCUACUACGAACCCUGACGUUCAGACGCUAGCUCGUACGGAGCCUCCCAUCCAGGCCGGAAUCGAUGGCGAGACUAAGCAGCGGAGGACGUAUGCUGAGGUUUUCACCGGAGUACGCCAAGACUCCGGAGAUCCGCUCGACUUUGUCAAGAUGAUGCGCCAGUUCUACGAUGAGCAAGGCAUCAAGGCGAAAAAGACGAUUGUUUUCUCUGACUCACUCAACAUCGAUCUGUGUCUGAAGUACAAGGCCGCAGCAGAGAGGGAAGGCUUCCAGCCAACCUUUGGAGUCGGAACCUUUUUGACCAACGAUUAUGUUCAAGAGUCGACGGGCAAGAAGUCCGUACCACUGAACAUUGUGAUCAAGAUAGCCUCUGCUUCAGGGCGGCAUGCUGUGAAGAUCAGCGACAACAUCGGCAAGAACACUGGCGACAAGUCGACGGUCCAGGAAGUCAAGGAACGACUUGGGUACACUGAAAAGACAUGGGCAGGCGUCGAUGAGAGCACAAGAUGGGGUACAGCAGACCAGAAACCUUCGUCUUAG